AUGUCUGAACAGGAGCGUAUACAGGAGUGCCUGAGGAAAGAAAUAAGGUCACUUCUCAUUUCCACCAAAGAUGGUUUGACCCCACAGCAGUUGGAAAAGGAGUAUCUUUUGAUGGUUGGCAACCAUCUGCCUCUCCGAAUCCUCGGGUAUCGAUCCACCAUGGAGCUGGUGUUGGACAUGCCUGAUGUUGUCAGUGUCUGCCCCUGCUGGGAUGGUACUGUGAUCCUGAAAGCCAUUCCAGAUGAAUCCACCAAAGGAAUAGCAAGUUUAGUUGCAAAACAGAGAAGCAGUCAUAAGGUUCGAAAUUCCAUGCAGAGGGGAAGGACCAGUGUUUGCCCUGGGCCAACUUCUCGACCACGAUUACCUUACCGAGGAAGGGUACCCCCUAUUCUUCCUGCUGUUGUGAAGAGUGAAUUGAAAGACCUCUUGGCAUUAUCUCCUAUUCUCCUCUCUGAUUUUGAAAAGGCAUUUGCCAAGCGAUUUGGACGGUCAUUCCAGUAUGUGCAGUAUGGAUUCCUUUCUAUGUUUGAAGUGCUGAAUGCGGCUUCAGAUGUCAUUUCUGUAGAGCAGACUAGAGCAGGUUCUUUGUUGAUGUUAAAGAAGAGUGUGACGGAGGAAAGGCAGAGAGGAUGGCCAGCAGGUAAAAUUUUUGCCCAGCCAUUUAGAAUGAAGCCAGGGUCAUACCCCAUGGGUUCACCAGUGGCAAAGCCACGCUUUUCACAGCCUGCUUCAAACAUGGAGCCCCCGAAGCCAAUCCUGCACAUGGAAAAGACUUCUAAGUCAAAUUCAGUGGAGACUUCAAGGAUGAAUCACACUGAAAAGUUAAACCAGUUGGAGAACACAUUCAAAUCAGUUAUUGCACAAAUUGGACCUGGAGGGACUAUCAAUUCAGAACUCAAACAUAAGAUAAAAUUUGUUGUAUCAAAAUUCCCAGAGGGUUUGCUUAUUUCAAAACUGCUUGGAGAGUUUGAGGUGAUUUUUAAAGAACAACUUUCACCAAAAAAAUUGGGCUUCUUAAAUGUGACAGAACUUGUUGGAGCUCUUAGUGACAUUCUUCAUGUUGAGUUCAGGGAGGGAGAACAAGACCUACGAGUGUUUGAUGUUGACAUGAAACCUCUACCGCCUGUUCAGUCAGAUAAGAAAACAGAAGUCAAAGCUUGUGUCUCCAGUCCCCCUAGAAAUUCACUGUCUACUACCACUAUCAAGGAGACCACAUGGGAUUUCCCUUCAAAAAACCAUAAAGACCCAGAACAGAAGAUUUGCAAGAAGCCUAAUCUCGUGGUAAAGCCUUUACAGCUGCAAGUAGAAAUGAACAAGUCGCAAUUCAACUUGGCAAUGGCAAAUCAUGAUAUCCCACCAGAUGCUGUACGGGACAAGAAAUUAUGCAGAUUGCCACCACUAGAUACCAGUACCCUUGUGGGUGUAUUUGUAGAGUAUAUCAUCUCUCCUAGUCAAUUUUAUAUCCGAAUCUAUAGCAGGGAUUCAUCAGAGUUACUCGAAGACAUGAUGAUUGAAAUGCGGCGUUGUUACUCCAAUCAGCUGGUUUCUGAUCGAUAUGUCAUGUCAGAUUAUUUUAUCCAACCGGGACAUCUCUGUUGUGUAAGGAUUUCCGAGGAUAAAUGGUGGUAUCGAGUCAUUAUUCAUCGAGUCCUUGGGAAACAAGAAGUUGAAGUGUUCUAUCCAGACUUUGGAAAUAUUGGAACUGUUCAGAAGUCCUCCCUGAGGUUCCUCAAGUGCUGCUACACAAAGCUGCCAGCCCAGGCAAUCCCUUGUUCCUUGGCUUGGGUGAGGCCAGUAGAGGAACACUGGACGUCGAAAGCUGUUUUACAGUUCCAGAAGUUGUGUGGUUUGAAGCCACUAGUCGGGGUAGUGGAUGAAUAUGUAGAUGAGAUCCUUAACAUUUUUCUGUGUGACACAUCCUCAAAUGAAGACAUUUAUUUCCAUCAUGUCUUGAGAGCAGAGGGCCAUGCUAUCGUAUGCCGAGAAAAUGUCCCUUCUAAGGGUUUCAGAGAACUCAAUCCCUUAGCUUUGUACACUAAAUCCAGCGUGGGGCAAGAGGACAUUAUCUUGACAGAACUGGGUUAUCCAUCUCAGCAGCAUUAUUUUAAUGAAGAUCGAGAAAUAAGUCCACAAUCAAAAGAGAGUGAAUUAUAUAAUCAGCAAGAUAUUAAUGAUGAAAAGAGUCUAAUUUACCUUAAAUUUGUGUCAAAGGUGCCAUUAAAGGAUUGUGAACUCAGUUCUUUGAAAACACAAGAUAAAAGCUGUGAAGAUUCAGAGUUGUCUAGUCCAGAGCCAAAGGAUCUGAAGGAAGAAAAUGAGGAUGAGAUCCCCACUGGAAUGCCUUGCCUGGAGUCAGUCACUAUAGGUGAUGAUAUUUGGGAUGAGAACUGGUUACCUUUGCAGGCUAAAAUGGGAAAUGGAGGAGAUGCUGCCACACAUUUGUUUACUUCUAGCCUUGGUGGAAAAAAACAGUAUCCAACAUGUAAAGAAAUGCCACAGAAGGAUUGGUGUUUCUCUACACCCAAAGAUGUUUGGGAUGAUUCAUGGCAGCCUUCAGGCCUGGCAAAUGGAAUGAAAGUAGAAGUUCAAAAACCUGAAGGAGAGGGGGCUCAGGAAAAUAAUACUGGCACACCGGGGAUCCCCAAGCAACCAAACUUAAAGGGUUCUUCAGAUUUUUCCACAUUACCCACAUUGGAAGAGUUCUAUGUCUCUCUUACCCAGUCACAGCCAUUGGCAGAAGAGAACCACUUUGAGCCUGGUGAUGUUCAGACUUCACCAAAGCAAAUUCAGCUCUCCGCUACCGCACUCACUUCAACACCUGCAACGGCCGAUUCCCCUGAAAAAAGCUGUGGCUCAGUGGAGAGCUCCCCAGAGAGCCUGAAGAAUGAAGAUUUUUCUAACAGUCAUGCUAUUACAGUGUUCAAAGGCACGAGUAAUGAAACCAUGGACCAGCUCUCCUUGAUUUUGUCACCUGAGCACCAGCUUUCACAGAAGCUCUACAUUCCUCGAAGCACGGCCACUGCUGCUCUAGGGGCUGCGGCGAGGUUAGCCACCUCCAGGAGCCUCCUACACUGGUGCCCCAGUGUGAGAAGGAUGGAAGCCUGA